AUGUACUGGUCUUUUCCAAUUUUCUUCAAGAGUAAAAUAGGAAAAAAUUACAAGAGGGACGUUGAAACAAUUCAUCUUUUCGACGAAAAGGGUUACGACUCAACCGCCCACGUUCUGUCCUGGGCUCUUUAUUUCCUGGGAAGAUUCCACGAAAUACAAGAUAAAGUGUAUCUAGAAUUGCAAGAAAUUUUCAAAAAUGAUUUCAAUAGGGAUAUUACUAUCGAUGACCUGACUAAAAUGAUGUACUUAGAAUGCGUAAUUAAGGAGUCGAUGAGAAUCUAUCCUCCUUUUCCUUUAAUUGCAAGAAAAAAUCCAUCGGAAAUGAAAAUAGGUAAUUACGUGUUGCCUGCAAAUUCGACUCUUGUCAUAAGUAUCUACGGUAUUCAUCAUAAUCCUUCCGUUUACGAAAAUCCCGAAGUGUUCGACCCAGACCGUUUCCUAUUUGAAAAUUAUAAAAAUCUUCAUCCUUAUGCAUUUCUGCCAUUUUCUGCCGGUCCGCGAAAUUGUAUCGCAAGUAAAGGUGCCAUGAUUAUUAUAAAAACGGUUUUGGCAAAUCUUGUUCGAAAUUUUAAAGUUUACUCUUUGGACCCUCGAGAUAAGAUCGUUACUUCUUUUGAAAGUAUUUUGACCCCAAUAUCAGGUAUAAGAAUGUUUGUUGAAAAAAGAUGUAAGUUAUAA